AUGAUCAAAGGACUCCAGGAGAUUUCCCUUCCCAUCUUCUUUCUAUACAUCGACCUCGCAUUGCAUGUGAAAUGGACUUCGACAGUCUUGCAAACCAACAAUCAGAUCGGAUUUUUCAGGUGGGGAUACAAAAACUACUCAGAAAUUCGAGGAUUUGGCAGGCAAGCUUGCUUCCCGGCAUUGCCCGGUACGCCCGUGACAGCUUCACGGCUUCCAAAUGGUGCUUUCAAUAUUUGCUAUCGAGUUACUUUCGAAAAUGGAGACCGCGUUGUAGUUCGUUUUGCGGCUCUUGGUCGAGUCAUCGCUCGCAAUGAAAAGAUUGAAGACGAGGUCGCCCUCAUCCACUUUGUUGCUCAACACACAACGAUCCCUGUUCCAAAAAUCUUGGGAUUUGGCAAGUGUGUGGUCGUUCCGUACAUUGUGAUGUCUUUUGUCGAAGGAAGUCCGUUAAGUGGAUAUCCCAGAGAUUCGCCUCGAGAAACAGACACGCUAAGUUUGAAUAUUCCUAUUUCUGUCUUGAGGAAGGCCUAUUUUGGCAUGGCAGAAGUUCUGCUAGAGCUGUCGAAGCCUGAAUUCCCGGUUAUUGGAGCUAUCCGAAAAGACGAGUUGGGUAGUUGGACCGUGCCGAAGCGUCCGUUUACCUUCAACGCAAACCGGCUCGCUCAAUUCUCCAACAUCCCACUUAAUGUCUUUAAGCGACAGCACUUCAACAACGCAACAGAUUAUUUCGAGGAGCUCGCCCAACAACAUUUUCAUCACCUUGAGCAUCAACGCAACGAUGCAGUCACGGAUGAAUCCGACUGUCGGAAGAAAUGCGUCGCGCGCUGUCUUUUUCGCAGACUUUCUCAUGGAGUAGCCAAAGAACAUUGCAAUGGACCUUUCCAGAUCUAUUGCGAUGGUCUUUGCCCCGACAAUGUCCUUGUGGAUGCCUCAAGGCUUGUUGUCACUGGGGUAGUCGACUGGGAAUUUGCUUAUGCUGCGCCUGUUGAAUUCACAUAUGCUGCUCCUUGGUGGCUCUUGUUGGAGCGUCCGGAAGACUGGGAGUCCGAUCUAGAUCAAUUCCUGGUGCGUUUUAUGCCGAGGUUUCGCACUUUCGUAGAAGUGCUUCAAGAUUGUGAGACCAUAAAAAUCAAAGGCGGAUCGUUGUCACAGUCCCAGCGUUUCUCGAUUGUUAUGGAGAAGUCAUUUGAGCCUGGACUAUUUUGGUUUUGCCUUGCUUCGCGACGCAGCUCCAUGUUUGAUGAGUUCUAUUGGAAAUUUAUUGAUCCGCAGUUUUUUGGCCCAUUAACGACGAUGGAGGACCGUCUAUGUCUGGUGAGCGCAGAAGAGCGUGUGAACAUUGACACCUUCAUUGACAUGAAAAUGCACCAGGCAAGUGAGGGGAAUCUAGUUUCUCAUUACAGCGUCGACGAAUUAGUUGACCUAUGA